AUGGAGGCGGCGUCGCUGCCCGCCGCGCUGGAGCUGGUGGCCGGCGGCGGCUCGGGGCUGAGCCCGGAGAAGCUGGCCGUGCUGGGGUCCACGCUGACGCUCCUCCAGCGCGAUUACCGCUUCCAGCGGGUCUGGUUCUGGGGCUGCAUCCAGGGCCUGCACGGCACCUACUACAUCGCCGAGGGGCUAGGCCCAGACUGCGCCGCUCUGCGCAGCCGCCUCUACAGCUUCAACUGUGUGGAAUGGUACCUCCUGCCACCAGCCACUGAGGAGAUGGUCGCGCAGGCCAUGCAGCUGGUGGGCCGCUUCCAGGGGGAUCCUUCUUUUGAGUACGAGCUCACUGUGGUAAACACGGAAGAUGCUGAAGGACUGUUUGAAGAUGGUAAGGAGCCCGUGAUGAAGGAGGAGGCCCGCCUCGUAGCUACCAUAGAACAGAUAGACAGAGCAGUUGGUAUCGUCCCCCGGGGAGCAUUUGUGAAGACUCCUCUUGGGUCUGUGCAUGAAAACAGAAACUUUGAAGGUCUCUCUUUGACGGAGGCAAAAAAGUUAACAUCCUAUUUCCACUUUGCUGAGCCUGUUAACCUAAGGAAAAAAACCCUGCUGGAAAAGGCUGACCUGGACCCAUCCACUGACUUCCUAGACUCUCUGGAGCAUGAUAUCCCACAAGGCUCCUGGACUGUCCAGGUAGAGAAAGGAGGCACUGUGGUGGUGCUGCGGAGCCUGCUGUGGCUGGGACUGACGUUCUACCAUGUCCCCAUGACCAAGCAAUACGGCUACAUCUACUUUGGCACUGGUGAGAAGAACUUCGAUCUGCCCUUCAUGCUGUGACUCCCCUGGCUGUGAGGGGACUCAAGAACAUUUAGAUUUUAUACUUAGGGAAUUUUUGUUAACUGCUUGUUCUAAUAAAUGUGUCAAACCUC